AGUUACUGCGUAUUGUGUGUGUGUGUGUGAGAGAGAGAGAGAGAGAGAGAGAGAGAGGGAGACAGAGACUGGGUGAGAAGAAGGGGAAGGAAAUGAGGGUGGUGAGGUAAGAGAAGGGAAAGGACAAAAUCUUGAGUUGAGGCAAAUUCAAGCAAAAGAAGGGGAAACAAAUAGACUGAAAUUCAGGGGCUUAGAUUGGGAGGUGUUUACUCAUUUAUCUGUCUUGUUGGAUACAUUAAGGGGAUUUCAGGUGGGACAAUGUCAAGGCCUCUCCAUCGAGGUGUAUCAGGUGGGGGGCGGUUUCCACCGAAUAGCCAUGAUAUCUGGGAUGAUGAUUCUCAGAUGAAAGAUAAAUUAGAGAAGGAAGAUGUUGAUAGAAAGAGUCCAAAUGCUGAUCAGACUUAUUUAUCCAUUAGACAGCCCUUUCGUUUUCUUCUCACGGACAAUUCAUCUUCUAAGCAUGGUUUACUGGAGAAUGGAUUUGUUUCAGACCCAUUUAGUCCUGGAGUACUAAGAAAUAGACAUAAGCGCGCUUUGCUUUUGCUGAGGUUAAGCUUAGUUGUAAUUGUAAUUCUUGCUCUUACUGGAUCCUUUUGGUGGACAAUCUCAAUAACAACUUCAUCCAGAGGUCAAGUAUAUCGAGGCUACAGGAGCCUGCAGCAGCAAUUAGUUUCUGACUUGGUUGAUGUUGGAAAGCUUUCUCUUGGUUCUACAAAGUUAAAAGAUUUGGAAUAUUGUUCUCCAGAGUCUGAGAAUUAUGUUCCUUGCUUCAAUGUUUCAGAAAAUCUUGCUUUGGGGAUUUCCACUGGCGAUGAAUAUGACCGCCACUGUGGGCCAAGUUCCAGACAAAGUUGUUUGGUUCUUCCACCUGUCAAUUACAAGAUUCCGCUGCGGUGGCCUUGGGGAAGAGAUCUUAUCUGGGUGGCAAAUAUAAAUAUUACCGCACAGGAGGUUCGAUCCUCUGGAAGUUUGACCAAAAGGAUGAUGAUGUAUGAUGAAGAUCAAAUAUCCUUUCGUUCGGCAUCUCCUGGGUAUGAUGACAUGGAAGAUUAUGCUCACCAAAUUGCUGAAAUGGUUGGGCUAAGAAAUGAAUCCAACUUCAUACAAUCUGGAGUUCGAACUAUAUUGGACAUAGGCUGUGGCUAUGGUAACCUUGGGGCACAUCUUUUUUCCUAUGAAUUGUUGACAAUGUGCAUUGCAAAUUAUGAAGCUUCUGGCAGUCAAGUUCAGCUCACCCUGGAAAGAGGUCUUCCUGCAAUGAUUAGUUCAUUUACUUCAAAACAGUUGCCGUAUCCAUCUCUUUCUUUUGACAUGAUACACUGUGCGGGAUGUGGCAUUGAUUGGGAUCAGAAAGAUGGUAUUCUUUUAGUUGAAGUUGAUAGGGUUCUAAGGCCUGGUGGAUAUUUUGUCUGGACUUCGCAACUGACAAGUUCUCAGCAGUACCUUCGCAAAAAAGAGAACCAGAAAGAAUGGAACUUUGUGCAUGGUUUUGCAAAAAAUCUCUGCUGGGAUAUGUUGUCACAGCAAGUUGACACUGUUGUUUGGAAAAAGACUAGUAAAAAGAACUGUUAUUCUACUAGGAAAUCUGGUUCUGGUCCCUCUCUCUGCAACAGGGGCCGUGAUGUUGAAUCCCCCUAUUAUCGACCGCUUCAGGGAUGUAUUGCAGGGACUCAGAGCCGGCGAUGGAUUCCUAUUGCAGAAAGGACUAAAUGGCCAGCAAGGACUAGAUUAAACUCAAAUGAACUUGCAAUUCAUGGUUUAAAUUCAGAUGACUUUGUGGAGGAUACCCUCAACUGGAACUCAGCAGUUCGGGAUUAUUGGUCUCUUCUCUCACCACUAAUAUUUUCUGAUCAUCCAAAGAGACCUGGGGAUGAAGAUCCUUCUCCACCUUUUAACAUGGUUAGAAAUGUGUUGGACAUGAAUGCUCACUUUGGUGGAUUCAAUGCUGCAUUACUAGAAGCCAAGAAAUCUGUGUGGGUCAUGAAUGUGAUUCCCACAACUGGAAACAACCACCUUCCUUUAAUUCUGGAUAGGGGAUUUGUUGGUGUUUUACAUGACUGGUGUGAAGCAUUCCCGACAUACCCAAGAACUUAUGACCUUGUGCAUGGAGAUGGACUUUUGUCACUUGAAUUUGGUGAGAAGCGAAGAUGUGAAAUGCUAGAUGUGUUCAUCGAGAUGGAUCGUAUACUUCGUCCAGAGGGUUGGGUUAUACUACGAGACACGGCUACCCUAAUCGAGUCUGCAAGAACUCUCACCACACUCUUGAAAUGGGAUGCACGUGUGGUAGAGGUUGAGAACAACAGCGAUGAGCGUCUCCUAAUCUGCCAGAAAGCUUUUGUAAAGAGGCAGGCAAUGUAAUUCAGGGUUGGCAAGAAGCCAACGUUCAUAGACAAACCUUGAGAUAAAGUUAUGUUCGUCGUAAAGUUCUACAAGAAUUGUGGUAGAGUUCCACAGAGUUGGUGGAAUUGAAAGUUUUGAUUAGAAAAAACAGAAUGCAGUAAAAGCAGGAACAAUUUUUCUGCUUAGGAGGGAGGAACCACAGGUCCUCAAAAUCCUAUGGAGCCGUAAGGUAAACAUAGGGCCAUGUAAUUACACAGCCUGAGGCACAGCAUGUUCAGAGAAGUAUAGGGAUAUACUUUAAAAAAAUUUUCUUUGUGAUGUCUCAUUUCAUCCAUACAACCACAUUGAUAAAAUUAUAAUGUGAAGAUUUGCAGAAUAAGCAAAGUUGAUUUUUUCAGUCAUUGUAUAGUAUGCCCAGCUGCUUCGUUCGCUUGACAUCAUUCUUUCAUUUGGUUUGGACAUUCUUUUCCUUUGCUAAAUGUAUUCACUCGAAUGUCUUGACUUGGUGAAAAGUUUUAUA